AGCCAUAAAAAAAAUAAGAGAAAAAUUUAUGAAUGAUUCCAUGUGUGUUGAUGAUCAAAAAGUGUCGGGAACAUUAGAAGAGCAACAAAAGACUACUGUCAUUAAAACUUCAGGCAGUGAACUUGAUAUUAUUGAGAGCAAUGAUGAUAAUAUAUUCAACGACUUUGCUUACUCAAUUGAUGAAGAUGAAGACGAAGAGGUUUUUAAACAAUCAGAGAUAGAUAGUGAAGAAUUAAAGAACGAUAAUUUUGAUUCAGAAAUUAUUAAUCACGUCGAGAAUCACAACAAUGACAACAAAAAAAUAAAUAACAAUUAUAACAAUAAUAAAAAUUACAGCAACAUGUGUACUUCAUCACCUAUAAAUUUGUCAGACAAAAUUACAUCUACUACAGAUGGAGUUAGAAUAAACGUAAUCGAUGAUGAGUCUGAUGAUUGUGAUGAAUCAACAAAUUCCAACAGACAGCUAUAUUCUGUGAAAGCCUCAACUUCCUUGGAAGCUGUUCAACAGCGAUCAUUUUAUCUUCCUGGGUCAGAAUGUACUAGUACUAUGAGCAAUUACAGAUCAGACGAUAAAACUUUAGAUAGCACAUUGCAAAACGACAGUUACCAAUAUCAGACGAGUAAAUCAGAAAACACAUGGAUACCAACAACAUGUGUGCAUAAAGAUAACACAACUGAUGAAUCUCAAACACAAGUAAUUUAUGAAAAAGUACGUGAUAUAUUGAAUGAAUUAACACUAGAAAACGUUGAUAAAUUGACUCAACAAUUUGAAGAUCUAAAUAUCAAUUCACAUGAAAGAUUACAAGGUGUAGUUGAUUUAAUUUUUGACAAAGCUAUUGAUGAACCAGACUUUGCAGCAAAAUUAAAACAUAUAUUCGAAAUUUAUUAUUCGCACGUUGUCGAGAUGAGUGCUAUUAAUAAAGUUGAACGUGAUGCUAAACUCAAAGAAAUUGAGGAAUGUAAUGAUAUUAAAAAGAAACAAAAACUAACAGCAUUACUUAAUGAUGCUGAUUGUCGCUUAGGUAGAAAAGCAGUUGGUAAUAGUAAGCUGAUUGGUGAAUUAUAUAACCGAGAAAUGCUUCGAGUAGCCUUUAUCCAUAAAUGUAUUAAACAUUUGUUAAGAACACCAGUUGAUUACAAUAUUGAAUGUCUUUGUAUGUUAUUAACAACAACUGGUGCAAAGCUGGAAAAUUCAAAGGAAAAUAAUUUCAGUUGGUAUUUUGGGAAAAUGCAUAGAUUAGCCAAAGAUAAAACUGGUCCUAAGAAACUAAGCUCAAGACUUAGAUUUAUGCUAUAUGAUGUUAUUAAUUUAAAAGCACGAAAAUGGGAACCAAUAAAAUACAAAGAUAAUACAAUGAAACAACCAUAUGCUGUUGCAACAUCAACUUCAAUGGAAACCAACCAACAAACAUCAAUUCAAUUACCUGGAUGUACUAGUGCUAAAAAAAAUUAUAGAUCAGACGAAAAAUCUUUAGAUAGCCAAAAUGACAGUCAACAAUUAGAAAAUUCAGGGAAACCAAUAAUACGUUGGCAGAUAAGUACAAUUGGUGAUUCUCAAACACAAUCACUUCAUGAAAAAGUACAAAGUAUAUUGAAUAAAUUAACACUAGAAAAUGUUGAUAAAUUGGCUAAGCAAGUUAAAUCAUUGGAUAUUAAUUCUCAUGAAAAAUUACAAUGUGUUGUUGAUGUAGUUUUUGAAAAAACUAUCAAUGAACCAAACUUCGUGACAGUAUCUGCAAUCAUGUUAGCGCGUUGUGAACAUGAGUUUGAAAGUGUUUCUGUUGAUAAAGUUGCACGUGAUGCUAAACUCAAAGAAAUUAAGGAAUGUGAUGAUAUUAAAAAGAAAACAAAACUAAUAGAUUUACUCAUUGAUGCUGACUGUCGCGCAGUUGGUAAUAUUAGAUUGAUCGGUGAAUUAUUUAACCACACAAUGCUCACAGUUGUUUUCAUAAAAACAUGUAUCAAUCAUUUAUUAACAAUACUAGAUGAAAACAAUAUUGAGUGUCUUUGUGAAUUAUUGAAAACAAUUGGUGCAACGCGUGAAAGUUUAAAGAAUAAUAUCUUUAAUGAUUAUUUUUCACAAAUGACUGAAUUAGCUCAAAGUGAUAAUGAUAAAAUAAGCUCAAGAGUUAGAUUCAUGCUUCAAAAUGUUAUUGAUUUAAGAGCACAAAACUCGAAACCAAAAAGAGUCGAAGGUAAUCCAAUAACAAUAAACCAAAUGUAG